AUGGGCGUACAGUCAUUAUGGGAUAUAGUUGGACCCUCAGCUCGUCCGGUACGACUAGAAGCCUUGUCUAGAAAGAAACUCGCCGUAGACGCGUCCAUUUGGAUAUACCAGUUUUUAAAAGCCGUAAGAGACAAGGAAGGAAACGCGUUGCAAUCGUCUCAUAUAGUUGGAUUCUUUAGACGAAUAUGUAAAUUGCUUUUCUUUGGAAUUCGACCCAUCUUUGUUUUCGAUGGCGGUGUACCUGUAUUGAAGAAACAAACCAUCGCUGAAAGGAAAAAUCGAAGACAACAGAAAGCAGAGUCUACUAGAGAAACCGCACAGAAAUUGCUUGCCAUGCAAUUACAAAAACAAUUACAAGGAGAACCAACUAACUGGAAGAGACAAAGAAAAAAUGUACUUCAGAGUUCAAAGAAGGCAGUUGGCGGAGCAGCAAAUGCUGAUGAUGAGAAACGUGGAAAAUAUGAAUAUCUUGUCAAUGAUAGUGAUAAACACGAUGAUGAUCCUGAUGAUGAAGAUGACGACGACAUUAUAUACUUUGAAGAUUUGCCGGGAAAUAAUGCGCCACUGACAGCUCAAACACAGAGUUCAGAAUCAUUAUCCCCAGAGCAACUAAAAUCAAUUAAAUUCCGCAAGAAAGAUGAAUAUCACUUGCCUGAUUUACACGAGUUUAAAGUUUCGCGAACCGAUCAAAGAAUUAUGGCAGAUGAAGAUGAACGUGUGCCUGAAGACGAUGACUUUGAUCACGUUGAUGGUAUCAAUAUUAAUGAAGUUGACCCUAAAUCCAAGGAGUUUUCCAAAUUACCAAUUGCUACUCAAUACAUGAUCUUGAACCAUUUAAGGUUAAAAUCACGAUUAAGGAUGGGUUACCAAAAAGAGCAACUCCAAGAAUUGUUUCCUAGCUCUAUGGAGUUUUCCAAAUUUCAGAUUCAACAAGUGCAAAAACGUAAUUUCUAUACACAGAAGCUUAUGAACGUUACUGGGAUGAAUGACGAUGUCAAUGUAGAGCGACGUAUCGCUGGAGAUAAAGAUCGCAAAUACGCUUUAGUCAAAAACGAGGAUGGGUGGACAUUGGCGUUGCAGGGGGAAGGUGCCAGUGCCACAAACCCAAUCAGUCUUUCAGAUGAGGAGCUGAAUAAGGAUGUACUGCUCACCGAAAAACCCAAAAUUGAGCUAAUGGAAAAGGAGAAACGUAUAGAUUCAGAUGCUGAAAGCGAUUCAGAUUUUGAAGACGUACCGUUGGAAGAACAAGAGGAAACUGAGGAGGAAAAGCAAUUGCAAAAAGCACUUAUCAUGUCAAUUUACGAACAGUAUAACGAACCUGAGCAUUCUAUAGGAAUAGAACAACAACAACAACAACAACAACAACAACAACAAAAACAACAACAACAAGAACAACAACAAUCAAAAGGCUUACAAGGAUUCAACACUAGCAUGGAGGAUGCUGUGGAAGCAAGUAAAGCCGAAUAUUACAAGAUGGUCAAGGAGGAGGCAGAUCUCGAAAAGCAAAUAGAAGCCUCGUCUCAUUCCUCUUUGUCCUACUUGAACUCUUCUGCCAGUAAGACAAAUUUUGGUGCUUCCCUAUUGUUUCCAAAUCUGCAAUUGACCAAAGAGGAUGUGAAUGCAAAUGCCAUGCCAUCUACUCUUGAUAAAACAGCGGACUCCGCACAAAAUGAGCACACAAUCAUAGGCUCAAAGAGCGAGCUAGGAAGAUCAUUCAUAUUCUCCGCAGAUAACCAUGAAACUGGAAAAGUGCAGCUUAAGAAAGGUACAGGCAAUAAUAUUAACGACAAUACCCAAUUCAAAACUCAAGCCGGCAACAAAAAUGGAGCUAUAACUGAUUUCGAUAUGGGCAGAAAAAGUAAAAAACUUCAGAUAGACGAAGCCAAAGAAACCGAGUGCCUACCAAUUGUGAAAAACGUGCCCAGAAAGGAAGAACAUGUUGUUGUUGAUGAAGUUGAUGAUGAUGAUAUAGCCUCUGAAUUAUCUGAUAAUGACGAGCAAAUCACAAAAAACCGUCCUGCUGGACAAGAAAAACUCCCAGAUUGGUUCCGAAAUGAAGUAAGCCAAACAUUGAACCCGCAUAAUGAAAAAUUUGUAUCAAGCAUCAUAGAUAGAAAAAUGAAUAAAAACAUUGAAGACGGUGACGUUGAAGAAUACGAAGACGAAGAAAAAGCAGCUGGUCUUAUUCCAUGGUUUGAAGCAAAAGAGUAUUUUGAAACUAACGACAACGAAGAUGAUUACAAAAGUAAUGGUGAUGGAUAUGACAAUGAUGCCGACGUUGUGGACGUUGCGGAAGUUGCGCCGCCACCACCACCACCACCAUCACAACUACCAUCAUUACCACCACACUCGCCAUCUAUAAUUGAGGCGGAUGCACCAUCAAAGGAACAAGAAUUACCAGAGAAAGAACCGGAACGAAAAGCGGCAGUUAUUGACUAUGAUUUUGAAGAAGAAGACGAGGAUAUGUUGAUUGAACAGAUGAGAACAGAGGAAGUUGAUCAUGAAUUAUUGAAAAGUAAAAUAAAGGCCACACAUACAGUGCCCCCUAUAUCAUCGAUAAAUACACGCAUCACUGAAGAACACUUGCUCCAGGAGAAAUUACAAAAGGCAAAACGAGACUCAGAUGAAGUGACCGAGACUAUGAUUUACGAUGUCCAGGAGCUACUCAAAAGAUUUGGUAUUCCAUUUAUCACUGCACCAAUGGAAGCAGAAGCUCAAUGUGCAGAACUUUUAAAAAUUGGCUUGGUUGACGGAAUCGUUACUGACGAUAGCGAUUGUUUUCUUUUUGGCGGAGAUAAGGUUUACAAGAAUAUGUUCAAUCAGAAACAAUUUGUCGAGUGUUAUUUCAAAGACGAUAUAGCUACCAAGAUUGGAUUAAGUCAAGACAAUUUGAUUGAAUUAGCAUUGCUUCUAGGAAGUGAUUAUACUGAGGGUAUCAAAGGAGUAGGACCAGUUUUGGCGAUGGAAAUCUUGGCGGAAUUUGGUAGCUUGACCAAGUUCAAGGAAUGGUUUGAUAGACAUACCAAAACCGCAGAGGUGAAAUCCAAUUUGACUUCGUUGGAGAAAAAUUUGUUGUCCAAAGUAAAAAGUGGCAAGCUAUAUUUACCUGAUAACUUUCCGGAUAGAAUUGUUUUCGAAGCUUAUAAAAGACCCGAAGUUGAUCCAGACAAGACUGACUUUGUUUGGGGAGUUCCUAAUUUGGACCAAAUACGGUCAUUUUUGAUGUAUAAUGUCGGUUGGUCACAGGAAAGAGUUGACGAAGUAAUGAUUCCGUUGGUUCGAGAUCUUAACAAGAAAAGCGCCGAAGGUGUUCAAUCGACCAUUGGAGAGUUUUUUCCACAAAGUUAUAUCCAGAGCAAUAAAGAGCUCAAGUUGGGUAAGCGUAUGAAAACAGCAGCAAACAAACUUAACAAGAGAAAGAAAGUUGUAUAG